GCAAAAUGGCGGACCAAGAACAAGAAGUCGAUAUUCUUUCUUUAAGACAACGUCUUCGCGACGAAUAUGCCUUUGUCAACAAACAAAAACACGACCUACAGAAAGAGCACACAAAUAUUGUGUCCACAGGCGAUUCUCUUCUGCGUGGGUUAUGGAUUGCUGGACAGCAAUGGCGGAAUUUCAAUCGGUUAAAGGGUGGCCCAAAAUUCGCGUCUGAAUGCACGUAUACGUCAAACUUACUCGAUUCUAUUACGUUUAAGGAUGGCUACGCUACAGUUGGGUUCAAAGAAGUAAAAUAUGGCAACUUCUUGAGAGACUUGCGUGAAAAUAGUGAUUUAUUAAAGUCAAUUUUAAUCUUUGCAGAUCAUAUGAACUUAGAUACUUCCGCGUUCCUAAGAACUAUUAUUACAUCAAUAUAUGGUUCUUGUUUAUUUCCGCGUGACGAGAAAUCACUAUUGAUCAUUAUCAGGGAUAUCAUCCAAUAUCACUUGGUAUAUUCAGAAAAGCCACUCAACAUCUACAACAACAAUCAAAACUCGUUCAUUAACAUAUUAAAUGUUAUUUUGCAUACAUCAUUACCCUGUACGGCCUUCCUUGGCCUUGCGUGUAGAGAGGUUGUCUUUGAUAUUCUACUUGAUAGCACAUUGUAUUGGACAGUAGAGGAACAAGAGCUAUUGUCUGUCAUGGAUGUAACAGAGGUACGAAAAAGAUUUGGUGAACCUGGUAGCGCUGGCACCACAGAAAGGAUCAGAGAUCACAUGAUGAGAUGCUGGUUAGCCCUUGCAGACACGUUAUAUGACUUAUUUAAAAAGAUUAAAAACAGUCUAAUUUGUAUGCCAGACAUAUUGAUAUGGAUUAUAUCAUGCUUUUACAACUCUUCAUUAGAGCGAGGUUUUAAUGAUGGAAAGGCUCGGCAAAUGGUAAUGAGAUUCUUUUUUAACCAAGUAAUUGUUCCAUUGUUGGAAAGUCCACAGCCUUUUAUAAUUGAUACUGAAAUACGAGCACCCAGAGUUGCCAUGUUUAAUCUUAAGAAGGUGACUUUGAUUAUUCAAACACUGGUGUCUAUUGAAGCUGGUGAUGAUAUUUCCUUUUUAAGUCUUGAAGCAAGACAGUUUUAUCAAAAUUUGGACAAGGGGCCACUUCAUGAGAUUGUUAACAUCUUGGUGGAACAACUGCCGAAGGACAGUGAUGCAUUACUGUCUGAUAGAGAUAGCAUGCCUGGUAUAGCUAGGACAUCUGUCCUUAUCACAAAGACCAAUUUAGAUUCUUUGGUCAGCCUUUUCUGCCAACUCAAACACUUCCACAGUCCUUCCAAUGCAGGAAAAAAUCAAUUUCCAGCUAAACAACUGAUUAACCACACCAGUUUGGAGAAACUUUUGAGCCAUCUUGAAGGCAUCCACUCAGUGACAUCAAACCUAGCAAAGAUGUCUUUUUCAACUGAAACCACUGAUAUUCGAAAUAAUCUGCAUAAGGCUUUGCAGGCAUUUAAUAAACCCAUAAAUGAAGAUGACAUUGUCCUGAUUAUUUCAUUGGGUGUUACAAUCAUUGAGUGUCCUGGAAUGCUCUCAGAGGAAAAGGUGCUUGGCAUACCAACCCCAAAACCAAGACGUAAAAGUACCAUGCAGGAGGAGAUUAGCAACCCUAUGGAUGACAUCAGCGAAAACUCAUCAAACAGUGACUCAAAUGAUUCAUCUGAUGAAAAACCACCAGAACAUGGAAAAUCCGAUGAUGUUGAUUCAGCUGAAGACUGCGUCAAGGAGGACAUGGGUUUUGAUGAUUCAUUUGUUGAGUUUUCAUCCACCAACCCCUUCGCGGAAAAUGUAGAUGAAACAAACCCUAAUAAACUCAUAGAGACAAUCCCUUCUGCCCAUAAUGUGGAUCCGUUUGCAGGAUUUGAUUCAGAGUUUCCAGUUUUGAGUAAGGAUGAUCCUUUCACAAGUGUGGUUACCCGUUUACCAGAACAACCCGCACAUAUUUAUCAACCACCAGCGUCUUUGAUAAACCAUUUAGAACAAGCACCUUCUAAGAUACCAACUAACAUAGGAACGCUCUCAACCUCAUCUUCUAACCCCUCGUCCCAAUCUCAAAACUCCUUAUCACCAAACUCAUCAUCUCCAUUCCCAAACUCGUCAUCCCUAUCGUCUGAGGCAUUAUCACCACAAAACAAUCAAGCUCCUCUUAUUGAUCUCGGAGACUCUGAGUCUUGGUCCACAGAUGCUGUCACGAGCAGUAUGGCGACGGAGGUAUUACAAUUCAGCUCUGGAAGUCAAAGCAGCAAUGAAAGUGGAAAGAGAUUUAGCAGCUCUGCUAGUUCCAGUAGUGAUAGCGGUGUGAAACUACCUUCUCUCAAAAAGGAACCAAACAUAAUGAACUCUAAAAAAGAAAAGAAAGGCGGUGAAGUUCAUAGAAAGAAAUCGUUGAGGGAUAUUCAACAUGCGAUUACAAGCAGAGUUACGUCACCGAAGAACGAGAGAAGCAAAUUCAAAGGUUCGACUUUGGUGAGAAAAAUAGGAGGAAGGAAAAAGAAAGCCACCUCUGAACGAUUGCUUAAUGAGCCCACAGAUGUUGCAACCAGUAUUAUACACGCCGAUACGACAAAAACGGCAAAAGAAAUAUGUGAUGAGAUUAUGCAGAGAUAUGCCACGCCCAGGAACGAUCGACCCCAUAAAGUUCAUUCCAAUGUUACUGUAGAAACUACUCAAGUGUCACGUGACGAGGAAGAGAUUAUGGAAGAUGCAAAAAAUAAACUGCGACUAAUUUUAAGUAAUGGUUCUGCUCCAGUGUUCCCAGUCAGUGCCUCCCACAGAAUGAGUGUGAAUAAAGAAGAUGCAUUGAUGACUUAUCUGAAGCAAGAUCUAGCUGAUGCCAUUGCUUGUCAGGAUUGUACGAUGAUAGCAAGAAUUUCAGAAACUUUAAGUACUUUUGAAAAACUGCCAACUACAAGAUAUCCUGAAGUGUUAAAGAAACUGCAGCAAGAUUAUUUAUCCAGAAAAGCCUAUCUGUCGUAUCUUGUUCGUGCUCACCAAGGCUUGGUUGGUACUCGACAGUUUUUCCAGAAAGCUUUGGAGCGAGUUGACAGGGAACGAGAAAUAUGUCGACGAUAUUUGAUGAUGCAAUGUGUUAGUAUGUUUAUGCAAGGGAGAAAAGACAAGUUGGAUGUCUUUGUCAGAAAAUUCGAGAGGCUGUCGCUGACAGAUGAAAAAAGUGAAGAAAUGAAAGUCUUUAUACAAAUGAUUAAGCAAGAGUUUCAACAAGACCCUUUGUGGUUUGGUUCAAACGAUGAGCAGAGAGUUGAAGCUUUUGAUGCAAUCGAGAGAUACUCGAUAAGUCGUGUUUAUUGGGCUGCGAUAUAUGCUUAUGGAGAGACUGAUAAAUGUCGUGAUGACGUUUUUCACCAGACUGUAAAUUCCAUGUGUAAAACCAUCGGUAAAGACUUUGCGCUGUUAGAAAUAAAAGAGGAAUUUCAAAACGAGGCUCCAUGGUUACCAGCGCAAAAUGAGCUUCGCCCUCUUUCAGCUUAUAAAACCCCAAAAGACAAGCUAAAAUGCAUUCAACGUUGUUGUACCACGAUUAUGAGCCUGUUAGGUAUGUCCAGCGGUGAUGCUGUAGGUGCUGAUGCAUUCACCCCAGUCCUAAUAUACGUCGUGAUGCACGCGAACCCCAGAGGCCUGUUGACCACUGUAGAUUUCAUAAAUAACUAUUUAUACGAGACGCUGACUGGAGAACAAUAUUAUUGCUGGAUGCAGUUUUGUUCCGCUAUUCAGUUUAUCAAGAUACUGUUAGAGGAAAACAAUUCCAGAAAAUUAUAGCAUUAAGGAGAAAUCAAAUCAGAAUUGGCAAGCAAUAAGGCGUAUGUUAAUUUAGCUUCAGUUUGCAAAGGUAAUAAUAGAUGAUCCAGGAAUUUGAUCCGAGUGAUCUGAAAUGGCGGGAAAGGACUGAGACUAGUUGUCAGAACUUUAUUCGA